AUGAAAAAAAUAAAUCAAAAAGCUUCAGAGCAAUCACUUACUACCAUUUCCAUAAAUGGCACCCAACAAACUUCUGGAAUUAGAGGGAAGAAACCUCUGGUAUUUGUUUCCGAAGGAGUAACCAAUCUUGAAGAACAGAAAGAAAAGGCUCAUAUCCAGCAAGAACGUUAUGAAUCAGAAGCAAGGCGUAGAGAACGGAAGACGCUGAGAGAUCAAUUAAGAAACAGUACUAUUAAGAAACAAAAAGAAUUCACUCGAAAUAUAAGAGAUCGUGAAGGCUUUAAUAGAUUAAGUAAAAAGGAAAUAGAUUAUUAUAAUAACAUUGAAAGUGCAAAAAUUAAGCAAAAGAAUGAUUUGGAAAAAUACCUAAGUAACAAGGGUCAAGAAUUUGAUAGAAGAAAAGAGCUAUUAGCAAAAAAUGCACUUUCAUCUGAAGGUAAUCCUGGUAUAAACAGGCAAGAUAAAAAUAUCCUAUCCCCGGUUAUUGGUACUAAAAUAAAGGAUAAAGAAAAAUUGAGAAUUUCGGGAAUUGUAUCUAAGAACAAUAAGAUAAAAAAAUUAAAGAUAAAAAUCACAAACCCUACUUAG